AUGCUGGACGACACCAAGUGGGCGGGUGCACACCUUCUUGCCGCGCUCAGCCAUGUCGGCCUAGCUCUUACUGGAGUUUUCUUCUUCAUUUUCGGGUACAAGGGUUUUGAUGCGCCGUUCGAAAAAGCGGCAAUACUGCCCUGGGCCACGAUUCCUUUUGGUGUAGCGGGGACAAUGUUCAACUUUGGUCUUUAUGGCAUGCUUGCGAAGCUGAACCAGGUCACUGCGCUCCAGUCCCCUCGCCAGCUAUACCAUAGACGACAGAUGGUCAUGCUUGGGGGCUUUUGUGUUCUGUCCUUCUUCUGCGUUGGUGAUCUGGCUCUGGCUGUCAACUACUCCGGCGCGGCUAAGCGUUAUGAAGUUCUCUCUUCAUAUGAGUUCGCAGCCGUCAUGGCCACUAUUGCUGCGUAA